CACGCGUCUAGAAGAAGCCAAUAGGGAUUUCGCUUUUAAUGCUGUAUAUCAUCAACAGGUAUACAAGCCGUACGACGCUUAGUUUAUAUGACAGCGACCUCUCUCUCAGAGCCAGUUUUGGUUCGUCAGAGUUCACCACAGUUAUAUCUCGUCGACAUCUUCGAGUGCUUAAACUUGUCACCGAAUUCCGAGCCAACUUGGUACCUAGCGGUAUCAAACUUCCUCUCCCGGACGCGUUCUGAUUGGUUGGUACUGUUCUCAGCGUGUCGCUAAAACCACCUUGGUAUCUGCGUGGAACUGCUUAGCAAGCGCGGGUUCGAUAAGAAGCACGUCCGUCAGCGUUCACUAUCGAUGGCGUUCCGUUCUACGGUCUUGGUAGUCAUCUUGACUCUCUGUUCUGCGUCAGUUCAAGCACAGACGUAUAGUGCGACGUACCUUCCCGAUAACGUUCCAGCGACAACCGAAGAAGGGCAGGAAGGAACAAAUCAAUGCGGAACGUCCUCAAACCAAACAUCGCUGUGCCAAAAUGUAUAUGUCAAUUCCGUAACUGACUGGUGUGUUUUCGGACCUCCGGAGGCAGGGCCGGCAUCUACGAUCGGCAAUACUGAGCGCAUCGUAAUUUCAUGGUGCAUCAAGGACGGCUACAGUACGCGUCUGAUACCAGAAGGAACUAUUACAGGAGCGCACUUCGUGAAGACACCCGACUUUGUGCAAGUUACAGGUGUUGGUGACCUUACGAAAUUGAACGUCCCAGAAGGUGAUGCUGGCGGGGAGUUGGAUCCUCAUGGUGCGGAUGGAAAUGGCAACCCCGUCGGGGGUCUCGUGUUUUCUAGUGCGUUUGGUGAACUUCAACAGAUGCAUGAAUGGACGAACUUCAUAUCCUCCGAGAUGUUCUGCAUUCGUGCAUGUGUACCGGGCGACAUGGCUCCUACGUGGUGCCAGCACAUCUACGACGUUCUCGGGUGUCAAUGGAACAUGCCUGCAAACUACUCCGCAGGUACCUUUGAAGACUGUGAAGGGGAUAGUGGAGAGCCGAUGGGGGUAUAUGGAACUUCUACAUUCUUCCAGGGCGAGCCGGUGACUCCGCCGGCACAUGUUGCUCCAUCUUCUUCUUUGUGUACUGCUGUGAACACAAUUAGCGUCGCCUUGGCAACGAGUUCUGCUAGUAUUACUGGUAGUAGCUCUGAGACAGGUGGACGCUCGAGUUCCACAGGCACAAGUGCAGGGAUGCCAACAGCGAAUAGCGCGGUUGUUCAUGGGAAGAUAAUUGAGGGAUGGGGACCGCUUAUCCUUUCAAUGUUUCUCCUGCUUUUGAGUAGCUUAUAUGUAUACAACCUGUGAAACUGAUGAAAUGGACUACGUAUACCGACAGUUUCC